CCGGGCGAAGGCGACGCCACAGCGGCCUCGGCGCGGACAAAAUGUCGGCGGUCGGCGCGGCCCGGCGGGGCGGGGACCUGCCCGGGGUGCAGAGAGCGGCCGGCAGCCCGCAGGCGCUGGCGGGGCCCGGCGCGCUGAGCGGAGCAUGGCUGGCCAAGGAAGAGCAGUACAAGCGACUGAAUGCAGAAUUAGAAGCCAAAACAGAAAAACUGGUGCGUCAGGCUGAAGAACUAAUGAAAGGCCAACAGAAGAUACUAUCUCAGCCAGGUUCAGCACAGAGUAAGUCACCUGAAGAUGACAGACAGAGAGAUCCACUCUGUCCCGAAGUUUCAUCUCUUUCACACUCACUUGCAAAGGUAGAAAACAAGAAGAAAUUUCCUUCUGUGCCCACAGCUCAGAACAGACCAUACUCUGCAAGUAGGGGAAAAAGAACAACUUCAAGCUCAAAAAUAAGAAAUGUGGAAGUACAAAGUGCUGAUGGUGUUGCAGUACUGGAAGAUUGCAUAGGUUUUUCUUUAACAAAAACAAUUAGCAAAGUUGAAGAAAGACUAAAGAAAGGAGUCUUACCAGACUGUCAAGAUGAUGAUAUUAUUCCAAGGUUUGGAAAUGAAAUGGGAGCAGAAGCUCAAAUCAGAUUUCUUAAGGCAAAGUUACGUGUGAUGCAGGAAGACCUGGCAAAUACAGUGUUUGAAUGCAGGAAAAAGGAUGAUGAAAGUCAGAAUUUAGGAACUCGGCUUAAAGAUGCUGAAGAAGAAAACUCAAGACUGCAACGAACAAUCAGCCUGCAGCAGUCUCAGAUUGAGAAGUACAAAAUGUUGUCACAAGAAGCAAACAAAAAAAACGAAGGGUUACAACAAGAGGUCACUGCACUAGAAAAGGAAUUGGAGAGUGUAAAGCGUGCCCAAAAGCAGGCUGCAGCCACUCAGAGUGCAACAGAGGUUCGUUUAAACAGGGCCUUGGAAGAAGUGGAGAAGUAUAAAGCAGAGCUGAAUAAACUGAAACAAAGCAACAAGGAUGUAGCUAAUCAAGAACUCAAAAUGAUUGAAGAGUUAAAAACAGAAAACAAGAAACUGCAGAAACAAAAAGGAGAGCUAAUUGCAGGUUUUAAAAAGCAGUUAAAGUUAAUUGAUAUUUUGAAGAGACAAAAGAUGCACAUUGAAGCUGCCAAGAUGCUUUCUUUUACCGAAGAGGAAUUCAUGAAAGCUCUUGAGUGGGGAAGUUAUUGAUCCCAUUAAAUAACUUCUGUUUGAAAGAUGAGUCAGAUGGUACAUUAUUUUGAGACUGUAUAUGAGUCCUUGUUAAUAGUUAAUAACUGUAUAUCCUACUGAAUUGAUUUUGUUGAUUUUUCUUAUGUUUAAAUAGUUAAACUUUUGUCAGCCUGA